AUGAAAACCACCCACCCACUAUCCACAAUCAGCAACUUCCCCAAACCACCAAUAACAAAAGCUCGAAACAAGCAAUCUACAGCCUACUACAAAAUCACAACCCGCACCUCCCCCAUUGACGUCCUCAUCAUCGGUGCCGGGCCCGCCGGUCUCUCCACCGCCCUAGGGCUCGCGCGCCUGCAGAUAAAAUGCAUUGUGUUCUCGUCCAACGUAUUCCGGAACCAGGAAUCGAAGCACAUGCAUGGGGUCCCUACCUGGGAGCAUAGAGAUCUAGUGGAGUAUAGAGCUGCGGCAAGGGAGGAUGUGGUGAAGAAUUAUGGAAGUGGGGGGGGGGAGGGAAGUGAGGGUGCAGAUUCCAAGACGCUGUUUAGGGCUGUGGAUGAGAGGGGGGCGGAGUGGUGGGGAUGGAAGAUUGUGCUUGCGGUGGGGGUGAGGGAUGUUAUGUUGGAGAUGGAGGGGUAUGAGGAGUGUUGGGUUAAGGGGAUCUUCCACUGCCUCUUCUGCCACGGCUACGAAGAACGCGGCGGCGCCUCAGCAGGCGUCUUCGCCAUCGACGACUGCGCACCACGACACUCCGCAACCCACCUCGCGCGCUUCGUGUUACGCCUCGCCGACAACGCCACCAUCUAUACCAAUGGCAACGAGCUGGUCAGUCAGGGCAUCAGAGAUAUGCUCGCAACAGCCGGCGCAGCCACGAGUUCGAAGAACAACAUCUUCAUCGAGGAGCGCAAGAUCGCCAAGCUGGUCAAGCUCCCGAACGGCGCGCAAGUAGAAGUAUGGCUCGUAGAUGGCACGAGGAAGAUCGAGGCGUUUGUCGCGCACAAGCCGAAGGGUAUGCUGAAUGGGACGUUUGUGGAACAGAUGGGCUUGCAGACUAUGCCGCAGGGGGUGAUUAAGCUGGGUGUGCCGUUUAACGAAACGAGUGUGUCGGGGGUGUUUGCAGCGGGGGAUUGUGGGACGGCUGUUCAGGCUAGUGCUACUGCGUUGUCGAUGGGUGCGAUGACUGCAGCGGGUGCUGCUUCUUCUAUCUGUGCUGAGGACUAG